UAUCAUUUUUAUCAGUAUUUACAAUUAUGUCUGCUGAUUUAGCUUAUUUUGAUAACUUGAAAUGUUAUGAAAAUGCUAGGUGGUUACCACUUAUCGGGGACUUGGACACGUGUGGUGCGUUAUCGUGGGGUAGUGCGGUUUUGGCGUACCUAUAUAGAGAGAUGUCUAAGGUUGCAUUCAUGAAAAAUAGUGACCUCAAAGGGUGUCUCAGCUUACUGCAAGUAUGGGCAUGGGAGAGGCUGCAUUUGAAGCCGAGACUAUGCGUGAAUUUACAAUUAGACGGACAAAUUCCACUAGGAUGCAGAUGGAAUGUCCAAAAAUGUUUUGACGAGACCCCGGCGAGACAGUUAGAUUUCUACCGAAAUGAGCUUGACCGCAUGAAGAUUUUUCAGAUGGAAUGGGAGCCCUACACCCCAUUUCUCGAUCAUCUACCCCCGAUAUGCACAGAAUACCCAGUUAUAUGGAGAGCCAGAGUUCCUCUAAUAUGUUUCGAGAUAGUAGAAAUGCAUGUACCGGACCGCGUGCUUCGACAAUUUGGUCUUGCACAACAUGUUCCGCAAUUUGUUGAAAAAAUAGAGAGGAAGGCGAAGAAAGGAGGCCAACAAAAGGACUGGGCAGCUGAGCAUCAAAAUUAUAUACACAGAUGGAAUGAUAGACAUUUUUGUAUUGUUGAGCAAAUCGAGCCAACUCCCCAGGAAUCAGAUUACUACACUUGGUAUUGGAGGAUAACUAGAAGAUGGAUACUCCAUGCGACCACAUCCCCGGUUGAGUUGCAAAGAGGAUAUGUGCCUCGGGGUAUAGAUGAGAGAGAAUUAGUAUCAGCAAUAGUUGAUGUUCAAACCAUUGCAAAUAGUGGCUUGGAAUUGGCUCAUGCAGGUAAUAUAGAAUUAAAUAUAAAAUUUACAUAUUGUAAUUUGAAUUUUAAAGUAAUUUUUGCAUUUCGGAUUUUUUUGAAUUAUCUCUCGCAGGUACAUAUCCCGAAGCACAGAAACAUGCAUCAAUAUAUCAGUCGAUAAUGCAGAGGCUUCACCAAGCCUUACAUCGAACUCAUGAAGACCUUCAUGAUGGACGAGAAGUACCUCAAUUAGUAUACACACGUCAACAACGACACAGACGAGGACGACGCAG